UUUUUUUUUUUUUUUUUUUUUUUUUUUUCUUUGAACUCCUUACUCCUUCUUUUCACCUUGUGAUCCUUGAAGAAGAAAAGUAGUCCUGUUUGGACAGAGACAAGUUGAGAGGCAAUUCCGUCUACUUCAACUUUGACAAAACCGGUUCCACUGGUAGACUCCCGCGGGAACGUUGCCCCUCUCACGCCGCCGCAUCACCACAACCACAACCCAAGGGAUAAACCGAUCACUCCUUUGGUUCCCCUAGUUAAGGAGUUUCAGUUUUGACUCUGUCGACUCUGAACCUUCGUGCGAUGAGAGCAUACGUUACACACGAGUUCUAAUGUCAGUCGUCCUUAUCGCGAACAGCUCCAGUCAACAUUGAGUCUGUGUGUGUACUUGACUGCAUCCUGUCACGUCGUACAAGCACCUUCCUAUCCCUAAACUUAUCCCCUUCCAAUCGAUCCUCGCCAGCUUGGAUGCUUGGCUUCCCUUCUUAUACUCCGCUACCCUCGUAGUUCCUCAUCGCUUGGGCAACCUACAUUUCUUUCCCCUUCAUACCAUCGUGAAUCAUCGUUUCACUUGCUUCUUUCCUCAUUCAGUACGCAUCAUGGCAAAUUCACAAGAGCGCCUGGAUGCCCCAGAUGGAUCCGCAUUGACCUGGAUCUUUGACCACUGUCUUCGUUACCCUGGUUCUUACGAACUUCCAUUACGCACUAUGUAUGCACUGAACUGCAACUCCACGAGACAGUCGCCACCCGCCAACUGUGCUCCCGAGACAGCUUUCUGCGAGCGCCCGUCCCACUCUCCAAAGUCUUCUGUGUCGUCCCAGGAUGCUCCUUUGGAUCGUGCUGCCGAUUUUAGGGCACUGCUCACCCACCAAAUCUCUCGAUUGCCGUCACAGCCAUGCUCUCUGCCUCCCAGCUUUGUGACCUCCUUUCUGCGUCGCUGCUUCACUCCGGAGUUAGGUGACGUUGACUUUCCUCAGGCGUUGACCGGCCUUGAUUAUCUCAGGGAUCUGGAGAUUCGUCGAAGGAAGGAAGUGAAAGCGGCCUUGGACCGUCUGCAGGUCAAGCCGGACGAUCUUAAGGAGAAAGAGGAGCUUGGAAAGAAAUGGCCCAAUGUCUUGACCUGGAUCGAGUCCAACUGCGCCAAGAACCGCACGGCCGAGGCACUCUAUACCCAGGUCUACAUUGGCCUACGCCGCUGGACCCUGAUCAAUGAGAUGCUGCUCGAACCACACAACAAGGCCAACUGUAUCGCCAUGCUUAACACUCUUUUUCCACCUGUUACAGAUGCAACCGUCAACCCUACACCACAGUUGACUGCCAAGAUUCUCAAGUCUCAACGGGAUGGCUUCUUCCGGUACAUCGCAGCCUUCGAUAAGCCCAAUGGAAAAGAGAUCCUUCAAAGGGUCAUCACUCAGGGCGCACCGGAGGGAGAGGAGACGGGAUGGCCACUGGUGCGAGACGCUUUGGAUAGGUACCUUCGGCUUACCAACGAAAUUAUUGACGACUGUGCCAUGGUCAAUGACCAGACCAGUCUCGAGGUGACUGUGGAAGCGGAGUCUCAGCCCCGUCGGAAGGUGGAUUCAGGCAUCAGCUUUGGCUCGGCGGAUAAGUUCCACGCUCCAUCUGUUCACAGCAGCAAUGGCUCCGACGACAUCAUGGACAAACCCUUGCCACCGGCCCCGAAAGAAUCUCAUCAGAAGGCUGGUGGAUCCGCAUUAGAGCGGCUAACACGAGAAUUGCGAAAACUCAGUGACGCCGGAAAGGUCAAGAGCCUCAAGAAAAUGAAGUCCUCGAGCGCUCUCGCUAUGCGAUCAGAUAAUAUUCCCAGCCACACUCCUGAUAACUCAUCUUUCUUCGAGAUCGAUGACCAGAAACGAAAGCGUCUGAUUUGGGAGGCUACCAGCCGCAAAAGGACUCAUAGUAAACAGCCCAGCAAUGGCUCACAUUGACUGUGACUCGAUUUGAUUCGAUUGAUUGUACACUUAUGACAGCAUUUUUUUUCUCCACCAAAAAAAGCAGGAAAGACAAAAGCUGAUGUUCUACCACCGGGAUUGUAAUGGAGUUGGCCUUUUGAUUUGUCUUUUGUGAAUUAUCUUGUUAUUUCGGGUUGGGGGCGCAAUUGCCAGCUACAGGCGUCUUUUGUUUGGUCUUUCAGCAUACAAGAGGAUUUGGCGUGUUAUUUUCGCAUUGGGAGUUUUGAGCAUGGUGGAUCAUAUCUCCCAAGUUGAACAGGAGAACCUCAACAACAGCAAAAGCUAAAAUGGCUAAAGAAAAGCCUUGAUGAAUGUCACUAAAUGAUGAUGAUUUUAC